UAUAGGGAUUGCCGUCUACACGUAGUGAUGAAUAUGAUUUUUCAAUUAAUUAGAUAAACGAAUAUUUUACCAACUGGCAUUUGGAAUUACUAGUUCAUAUAAGGAUAUUUCAGAAAAUCAAGUUUACUACUAGUCGAGCAUAAAAGUUUAUUAUAUAAGAAACAUGUUGCUAACCAACAGCACCAGCACAGAUGUGAUCAUAGGAAUCUCAACGAUUGCCAUCAUCAUCUACUUGUAUGUAAAACACCAGUACUCGUAUUGGAAGAGAUUGGGCGUUCCACAACUGAAGCCGACAUUUCCAUUGGGAAAUUAUCAAUUCGCCUUGCCGAAGGGCCUGCAAAUGGGAGCUUACACCGACCAUUAUUAUCGGGCGUUCAAGAAAAUGGGAGCCCCGUACGGAGGCGUUUACAUUGGGUUGACUCCGAACCUGGUGAUUACUGACGCUGAUGUCGCCAAAACUAUAUUGGUAAACGAUUUCAAUAACUUCACCGACAGGAAUAUGUACAGCAGCAAACAUCAGCCUCUCUCGGUGAAUCUUCUAUCGCAAAAAGGGGAUGAGUGGAAAUCAUCUAGGGCAAAGUUUACCGCUCUGUUCACAACAUCUAAAUUGAAAUUAUUCAUUGAUUUUGCCAGUCAAGGUAAGCAGGACUUGAUCACUUAUCUGGAUCAUUUCGCCGAUGGGAAGAAGGAUGUUGCCAUUCAUCAGGUCACGAGUUUGUUCGUUGCAGAUAUUAUAUCUAUGAUACUCUUCGGCAUCAACGCUAACAGUUUCAACAGCGAAAACACGGAUUUCAAGAACUUCGGAAGGGCUGUAUUCGAUUCGUUCACGCCGCUGUUCCAACUCAAGCUGCUGAUGACCCAUUGCUAUCCGAAGUUGGCGCAAUUUCUGGGCAUCGGCAACCUGCAGAAGGAAAUCGAAGAUUUCGGGAAUGCUUACGUGCCCAAAGCGGUGGAGUACAGAAUGAAGAACAACGUACGCGGAACGGAUUUUUUGCAAUUGCUAAUUGAUGCUAAAGAGGCUGGAAUGGAUUUGACAAUGGACGAAAUGGUCUCGCAAUCUUUCAUCUUUAUGUCUGGUGGACUGGAAACUUCUUCGAGCAGCUCAAUGAUUGCUUUAUACGAGCUGGCCAAAAAUGAAGAAUAUCAAACGAAAGUUCGCGAAGAAAUUUACCGUAUUAAAGAAAAAUACGAGGGAAAGACUUCGUACGAUUCACUGAUGGAGCACACGUACCUUCAACAAGUCCUAAGUGAGGUCCUGAGGUUGUAUCCCCUUAUAACGAAUGUGUAUCGUGUAUGCGUUCAGGACUAUACCAUGCAGGGAAGAGAUUUGGUGAUUGAAAAGGGCACACCGGUUAUUUUUCCCUUGAUUGGUUUUCACAGAGAUCCAGAUUAUUUUCCGGAGCCCUUGAAGUUCGAUCCUAGCAGAUUCGAUGAUAAAAAUAACAAACACAAAGGAUACUUUCCAUUCGGAGCGGGACCCCGUAAUUGUGUCGCUGCAAGAUUGGGAAUUAUUCAAAGUAAAUUGGCUAUCGUUGCAAUUAUUGAAAAUUACGAAAUUUCCUUAAGCCCUAAAACCCCAGAGGCCCUGGAACUGGUUGAAAAUACGUUCACUCUUAGUUUUAAAAAUGAUAUUUACCUAAAAUUGAAGAAAAUUCAAAAGUGAGUUACAUUAAUAAAAUUUUUAAUCAAAAUAAGUGGCCUAAUGUUGAAUGCCUAAUGGAAUGUAUAAUUAGAGCAGUUUACUUUGACAUAACUAGUAUUAUAUGUAGGUACAAUUUUUGUUGUUAAUUAACUAAAUUGUUGAAAUAAAUACAAACACAUUAUAAAAAAUAUAACAAGCAUUUUAUUACCUACCUCUAAUAUGGGCAUAAUAUAACAAAU